AUUGUUAUCAUUAUUUGCGUACGCAAUGUUUGAAGGUUGAAAUUGGGAGACACAGAGAAGAAGAUAGGUAGGGAAGGCGGUUUGGUUAAAGAAGGGGAAAUCGCAAAUGGAUUCCUUAGAAGACAGUGGCUGUUGGGAUUUUCUCGAUUACUCUUUCAUUGAUCACACUCCCCCCGCGCCCCCCGAUUUCCUUUGGCCCAAUCACAGUGUGGGAACGGAAAUUGACAUUCCAGGUGGUGCUACUUCUUGUCAAGAGAACACCAGGAAGAGGGGACGCACCGAUUCAUGCUGCAAGGCAGGAACAAAAGCUUGCCGAGAGAAAUUGCGGAGGGAGAGACUCAAUGAAAGGUUCUGUGACUUGAGCUCUGUUUUGGAACCUGGGAGACCUGUGAGAACAGAUAAACCAGCUAUACUAGAUGAUGCGAUCAGAGUCUUGAGCCAACUUAAAACUGAAGCUCAGGAACUGAAAGAAACAAAUGAAAAGUUAUUAGAGGAAAUAAAAUGUUUAAAGGCAGAGAAAAAUGAACUCCGUGAAGAGAAACUUGUUUUGAAAGCAGAUAAAGAGAGAAUUGAGAAGCAGUUGAAAGCUUUGCCCAUUCCACCUGCAGGGUUUAUGGCUCCUCCUGUAGCUGCAUAUCAAGCAGGGGUGAGCAAGAUGGCUGUUUAUCCAAACUAUGGCUAUGUCCCAAUGUGGCAAUAUCUUCCCCCAUCUGCCAGAGAUACAUCCCUUGAUCAUGAGCUCAGGCCUCCUGCUGCAUAGAUGCUUCUAUUGUUGAUUUUACAUUCAUCAUUUGCCAACAUUGUCGAAGCAUUGACAUGUAAAUAUUGCCAUUGCUUCGAUUUUUUUUUUUUGGUUUAAGAUUGUAAAAUGCACUAAAAUAGGCUUACAAGUAAUCUUUGAUGGCAAUGACAUUAAAACUCUAUUGAUGUGCAUUUCAAAUCUCCCCGU